CGUGUAGUUCUCCUGGGUUUUCCAUGAGACGCUUUCGAUAUGGUAAACCGAGGUUUCUCCUACACUGGCUGCGUCCGUGCCGCUUUCCUUCUCCGUGAACAUCCACCAUUUGCUGUGAAACAAACAUUACCCUACAUGGGAUGUGGAUAUUCGAUCCGACAAGCCUGGUCUUGUUCGGUUACCGGCAUCCCUCAACUACCAGUAACGAGCAUGUCCUGCGCACCCUAUGGCGAUGCUGAAAAGGGGACGCUAGAGAUCACUUCUCCCCAGGUCACUGUUGGCCACGACUUGACAAAUGAAAAGAAGUCCAUCGAAAUUGACGUCUUUCCUGUCCGGUCUCUCAAGAGGGAUGCUCCAGUGCUGGCUUCAAAGCCUCCCGCUUGUCUGCCAAAACCUGAGAAGAUCAAAGCUUCCAACUACAUUCUCUUCAUUAUCUGGUAUAACGCACACCGGCGGUUUUUCACUGUCGUGUUUACCCUCAAUUUCGUUGGACUUGGUUUUGCCAUAGCUGAUCUCUGGCCCUAUGCGAAGAAGUAUCCUGGUGCACUGGUCCUUGGUAACCUGAACUUCGCUGUGCUUAUGCGCAACGAAGUGUUCGGUCGCAUCUUGUAUCUAUUUGUCAAUACGUGCUUUGCCAAGUGGACACCUCUUUGGUUUCGCCUGGGAUGCACGUCAGCUCUGCAGCAUCUGGGAGGGAUUCAUAGUUCAUGCGCCGUCUCAGGCAUAGCGUGGUUUAUUCUCAUGCUUGUCGACCAAUACAACGCAAGGCAUCUAUACGAUAGCUCUGUCCUCGUAGUUGGUAUCAUUACAGUCAUCUUGUUAUUUAUCACGCUGCUUGCAGGAUUGCCAUGGGUUCGUAACACUCACCACAAUGUUUUUGAACGCAGCCAUCGGUUUUUUGGAUGGUCCGCUCUGAUCUCAACUUGGGUCCACACGCUUGUGUCCAAUUUACACGAUGUCACCGACGGAAGGUGGGGUCAUACUGUUAUCUAUGUCAUCCGUCAACAAACCUUCUGGUAUAAUAUGAGUAUGACUGUCUUAAUUUUCUUACCUUGGUUUUGCACAAGGAAGGUACGAGUAGAUGUCGAACUACCCUCCCCAAAGGUAGCUGUGCUUCGUUUUGAACGUGGGAUGCAACAGGGUCUUCUCGCCCGUAUUAGUCGCACUGCUAUCAUGGAGUACCAUGCCUUUGGCAUCGUCUCUGAAGGAAAACACGCAAAAUAUCACUACUUGAUAUGCGGCGUCCAAGGUGACUUUACUAAAGGCCUGGUCAACAAUCCUCCGAGAAUGACCUGGACCCGCGAACUCAAGUUCGCCGGAGUCUCCAAUACCUCGACAAUAUACAAGCGUGGCAUCCGUAUUUGCACGGGAACUGGUCUGGGUGCUGCCCUGUCCACUUGCAUCCAGUCGCCUAACUGGUACCUCAUUUGGAUUGGGUCGGAUCAAGAGAAGACCUUCGGGCCAACUAUUAGUGGUCUCAUUCACCGGCACAUAGGUCCGGAACGUCUUCUCCUGUGGGACAGCAAGGAGCGGGGUGGGCGUCCAGAUACGAUGAAGAUCUUGAGGGAAGCAUAUUAUUAUUGGCAGGCUGAAGUGGUCUUCAUUACCUCUAAUUACAUUGGAAAUGCAGAAAUCCAGCAAGGGUGCAAGUCCCUUGGCAUUCCAGCCUUUGGCACACUCUGGGACUUCUGACCACGUAGUAUGUUGAUGCCUUCUGCUUCCGAAGGAGCACAGGCUUUGCCACGCAACAUCCAUUCACAUAUACAAGCACUCGUGGAAUUUACAAGUCUUCGCAUGGAUCUAUGUAUUUUCGGCUUUAUCCGAAGUACAGAUGCUUGUGUGGCUUCCCAAGGGAGAGGUUUUUUCUUCGCAACCUGUCCGUGUGGUGGUCGGCUUGGUAUGUAGGAAUUCAAUUGGAUAUGCUUCA